AACACCACCACUCCCCACCUCUCUGAAUCUGUGCUACCCUUAUCUUGAAAAAAUUACAGUUUUGUUUCUCUCUCUAGGAUACCCUUUUUCUCUCUCUAAAGAAGGUUGCUGCUUGAACUCUUCAGAGCUCUAAACCCAGAAAAAUCAGUGUUUUCUGAGGAUUUUUAGCUUUGAUUUGAUUAAUCAAGUGGUUACAGAAAAUGGGUGCUUCAGGAAAAUGGGUAAAAGCAUUAAUAGGACUGAGAAAGCCAGAAAAACAGGACUAUGAGAAGGUGGGGGUAAAGAGCAAGAAAUGGAGGCUAUGGAGGAGUGGUUCAGGGGAUUUGGGGUCCACGUGGAAGGGUUUCAAUGGAAAUCAUCAAAGAGGUACUGCAUCAGAGGGCUCUGAUUCUUCAUCAGUGACUACUAACGAUGCUUUUACAUCUGCUGUAGCUACUGUGCUUCGAGCUCCUCCUAAAGAUUUCAGGGCUGUGAGGCAUGAAUGGGCUGCGAUUCGGAUUCAAACUGCGUUUCGCGGCUUCUUGGCAAGAAGGGCUUUAAGGGCCUUGAAAGGAGUGGUGAGGCUUCAAGCUUUAGUUCGUGGCCGGCAGGUGAGGAAGCAGGCUGCUGUGACACUGAGGUGCAUGCAGGCCCUUGUUCGAGUUCAAGCACGAGUUAGAGCUCGUCGUGUUCGUAUGUCUGUAGAGGGGCAGGCUGUGCAGAAGAUUCUGGACGAACACCGCAGCAAUGCUGAUCUCUUAAAACAAGCUGAGGAAGAAUGGUGUGAUAGUAGAGGAACACUAGAAGAGAUCAAAUCAAAGCUACAAAUGAGGCAAGAGGGAGUUUUUAAGAGGGAAAGAGCACUUGCAUACUCUCUUGCUCAAAAGCAUUGGAGAUCAAACCGGAAUUCAGAUUCCCCGUCAAAUUUCUCAAUGUUCUCUCUCAAGAAUCAGGAGCUGGACAAAAAUGGCUGGGGGUGGAGUUGGUUAGAACGUUGGAUGGCAGCGAAGCCAUGGGAAAAUAGGUUGAUGGAACAAGCAGCCCAUAACAAUGCCUCAACGACAACUCCACUCUCUAAAACAUGCAGAGAUGUCCCCAAGGGCAGCCAUUCAAAAUCUUCUGAGCAGCCGUGUUCGGUGAGAGUGAGAAGAAACAAUGUUACCACUAGGAUUUCUGCCAAACCUCCCCUGGCAGGACAAGUAACUCGCUCAUCUUCAAGUCCGAGUUCUGAUCUUAGAUAUGAUGAGAGCUCAGCUUCAUCAUCAUUUUGCACAUCCACAACUCCUAUUUCUGGAAACACUGUCCUGGGAAUAGAGGAGAGCAAUAACAGUAGGCCGAGCUAUAUGAACUUGACCGAAUCAACUAAGGCUAAGCAGAGAAAUGUAUCUCACAGAAUUCGAAGGCAGUCCAUGGAUGAGUUUCAGUUUCUUAAGACAUUAUGUAAUGGGGAUUCGAAAAGCAUUGCUGGUUCGGAAUUUUCUUCAGUCAAUAUGGACAAGCCACUUUCCUCGACCACCCUAAUGGACAAAAACUCCAUGAAGCUAAGGGGGAGGAAUAACUGCUUUAAUGAUUAAGAAAACGAGUUGAUUUGUCCUUGCCGCGAAGUUCAACAUCUAGUUGUUCACUUUAUUUGAGUGCUUGAGAAUCUUGUUAAAGGGUUGUUCAUUUUGUAAAGUCGUAUGGUUGUCGAAUUAGAGAUUGCUUUCUUUGCUUCCAAAUGUGUAU